CGCUCAGCGAACGCUUUCAAACGGUAUAAUUUCCCGUUCCAAGCAUUCAAAGAACGAAAACAAACUCAAAAAAUUCCAGGAAAACUUUCCCUUUUUUCUAGGGUGACUGGUUGAAGAAGAAAAGUAGUAAUCUUGUUGAGUUUUCAUUAGCGGGUUCAAGCUUUGUCCUCAGGUGUUAAGAUCCGAGGCUGUUCUUUUCGCUUGAGUGAAAAAAAGGAAAGAAAAGAAAAUGAGUGCUGCCAGGUUUAUAAAGUGCGUGACUGUUGGUGAUGGUGCCGUUGGUAAAACUUGUUUGCUGAUUUCUUACACAAGCAACACUUUUCCUACUGACUAUGUGCCCACUGUUUUUGACAAUUUCAGUGCUAAUGUUGUUGUCAAUGGGAGUACUGUGAAUCUGGGGUUGUGGGAUACUGCAGGACAGGAAGAUUAUAACAGAUUAAGACCUCUGAGUUACCGUGGGGCGGAUGUGUUCAUAUUGACAUUUUCUCUCAUUAGCAAGGCCAGUUAUGAAAAUGUCUCCAAAAAGUGGAUUCCAGAGUUAAAACAUUAUGCCCCUGGUGUUCCAAUAAUUCUUGUUGGAACUAAGCUUGAUCUUCGGGAUGAUAAGCAGUUCUUUAUCGAUCAUCCUGGAGCUGUACCCAUUUCUACGGCCCAGGGAGAAGAACUGAGGAAGCAGAUUGGUUCACCUGCUUAUAUCGAAUGCAGUUCAAAAACACAGGAGAAUGUGAAGGCAGUUUUUGAUGCAGCCAUCAGAGUUGUUCUUCAACCACCCAAGCAAAAGAAAAAGAAGAGCAAAGCACAGAAGGCCUGCUCCAUAUUGUAACUGGAAAAAGAAAAUGUGAAAAGAUUACUAGAAUCCCCCGGAGUAUAGUCUCUCUCGUGACUGACAAUCCCGGAUCUCUGUGAAGUAUCUGUUGGUGUAGCGUAUUACUGUAUUGCAACUGUUGUGUUAUCGUAUUGUUGAAACAAAGUACAUGGAUGUCAUCGUUCUUUCGAAUCGUUUUCGAUAUGCUUCUGUAUUAAUGCCACUGGAACAUCCCGGUUAGGAAGUUGCAGAGACAAUUGCAAUAUUAUUGAUGUAUUGCUUUUAAAAAGGCUUGUUUACUUGUGCUUA